AUGGCGUCACAGGAAGCUAAAAAGUCCAAGAAGCGCAAGUCCAUGGGCUCGUCGUCGGCAGACGUCUCGGUCGUCGUCGCAGAGUCGUCGUCGGGUGCUGGCCCCGCGUUCGUCAACUUCCCCUCCAUCAAGCCCAGCAAGAGGACCCCCUUCACCCUCUACUCGCGUGACCCUGCCUCGAGCUCGGAGCUUGCCAAGCAGCACACCCUGGUCGCCGGCGAGACCGAGGACGUCGAGUACUUCUCCACCAACCGCGACCGCAACGCCGGCGAGGGUGCCGACUGCCAGUACCUCGCGGCCGUGUACGACCCGGCCACGCGCACGCUCAAUGUGUCCCCCGCACCGCUGUAUCUCCUUUCGCACCGCGUCAAGCGUCUGCGCGAGGCUCCCCUCUCGGGCACGCCUGAGGCAAUGACCAUGUGGAAGGCCAAGAGGAACGACCUCGGCGAGACCUUUGGAACGAGGAAAGCAAAGAGCCAGAUCCGCGCCGAGGAGCGCAACAAGGUCGACAUUAGCGCCAUGUCCGGUGUGCGCACCGACCUCAUUGCCAGCAUUGGCGGUGUCGAGGCCAAGCCCGAGGGCCCCGUUGCCCCCUCCGAGUUUAUCCCUGUUCCCAACACCCAGACCAACGUCCCCACCGAGGUGUACCCGCGCUCGGCCAUUGUUCCCGAUGCCGAGUGGAGCUCGAUCCAGGUCGCGGCGUUCACCCAGGCCGAGGACGACCGCGCCCGCUCGGCCCUGCUGCCGUUCCGCCGCAGCAGGUGGAUCGAGGACAAGCUCCGUGUCACUGUCGAGGGUCCCUCGGGCACGCGCAAGAACAACCUGCGCAUGCUCUACUACCUGUCGUGUCUCUUGGGCUUUUACAACGCUGCCCACGGUCUCCAGAAGAUGUCCGUCUCAGAGAUGCCCGCCAAGUUUCCCGGCAUCCCCGCGCAGGUGCUCAACGGUCUCUGCGCGCGUUUUGCCGAGCCCGUCGGCAAGCGGUUUGCCGUCACCGACAAGUGCAAGAUGAAGCUCCUGGCCUGGAUCUGUGUCUGCUACCUGGCCGCGGACGGCUGGAGCGUGGACGUGGCCAAGGUGGCCAAGGAGCUGGCGCUGCCUCCUACAAAAGUCACGGACAUUUUCAAGUCGCUCGGCUGUUCCGUCGACAUUGCCUCCCCGGCCGAGCGCGAGAAGCUCGGCCUCACCCAGGCCGAGGCGUCCAAGCAGCGCCGUGCGGUCCUCAAGGCGCCCGUCAAGUUCCCCAAGACCAAGACGCGCGGUCCCGCGAGGCACUAA